CACCCGUAUCAUGCGACGAGGAGAUCAUUCUUGAAAUUUAUACUAUUUAUUCACGUUUCUAAUCAACUUGCAUACGCAAAUCACCCUGAGUUUAAUUUUAUUCCUGACCCAGGAAUUCGUUCUUAUAUCUUUAUUAAUCAAGAAGAUACCAUGCAGUCUGGAAUUUGUGUGGCACCCUUAAAACUUGCUAAUGCAUGAAAUUAAUUUGUUUAUCUGGAUCGACUGCAUAGAUACAUAGUCACGUGAAACGAUUCAUAUUCAGAGUGAAGAAGUGGGACUUAUGGAUUAUUAUACAAAUGGGUUUACUCUUGCGAUUUCUUUUCUUUCUUGUUUCGAACAAUGGGUUAUGAUACAAAUGGGUUUACUUUACUUUACUCAUAUGAGUCUGGUCCCUUAUAAAUUCAGUCUGUUGGAUUAUAAAGGAGGGAAAAUUGUGGAUUGGUUUAUAAAGGAGAAAAGACGUUCCAAAACAGUUGCCAUCAGAAAGACGAGGGAGAGAAGAGAACAGAAACAGAAAAAAUGCCGUUGGGGAAGUAUUACUGCGACUACUGUGACAAAGAAUUUCAAGACACUCCAAUUGCCCGUAAACGCCAUCUCCAAAGCUCCUCUCACCUCCGCUCCAAAUCUAUCUGACCCUAAUCAAGCUCACACCAAUGGUGCUGCUGGUGGCUUUACCAAAGGAGUCUGCAAUCGAUUUGUCAAAACGGGAUUUUGUCCUUUUGGGGAUUCUUGCAAGUACUUGCAUCCCACUACCACCACCAACAAUUUGCAAAGUACAGGCCUUAUGGAUAAUCCGCAGUCACCAUUUAUUCCUGGAAAUCAAUCUUUGCAAGAUGAUGUGGUGAGAGAUAACAUGGGAAUGUCAUGGGGAAACCUGCCUCCAUCACUGAAGCCUCCUCCAGAGGGUGGGUAUCUGCCACUUCCCUUCGUGGAUUGGGGUUAGGUCUAUUGUAUCACAUGUAUUUUUCUCAUCAUGCAAAUUCUUAGUUGUCGGCUUUUAAUCUUUCAGUGUUGUUUGCACAAUUCAUUGUUUUAAGGUGUUGGUUGUUAUAGAGAAAUGCCCCUUGCUUGUGUGUUGCAAUAACUUGAAAAUAGUUGAAAGUUGGUAUUUGGAUGGUGUCUGUAGA